AUGGAGCCUUGCAGCCAGCUCAUGCUCCCCAGCCACUGGCCCGCUGUCCUGACCUGCACGCCUACCAGAGCCAAGAACAUGAGGACUCCGCCUGUGGCUCUGCUCCUCCUGCUUCUCUGCCUGGCCUGCGGCCGCCCACGAAUGCUCAACCGGAUGGUGGGCGGGGAGGACGCGCAGGAGCGCGAGUGGCCGUGGCAGGUCAGCAUCCAGCGGAACGGAAGCCACUUCUGCGGGGGCAGCCUCAUCAGCGCGCGCUGGGUGCUCACGGCCGCACAUUGCUUCUCCAAUACCUCAGAAAUGUCCCUGUACCGUGUCCUGCUGGGGGCUCUGCAGCUGGUGAAUCCAGGGCCACAUGCUGUAUAUGCCCAGGUGAAGCACGUAGAGAGUAACCCUCUAUAUCAGGGCAUGGCCUCCAGCGCUGACGUGGCCUUGGUGGAAAUGCAGGAGCCAGUGACCUUCACCAACCACAUCCUCCCUGUAUGCAUGCCUGACCCCUCUGUCAUCUUCAAGGCCGGCAUGAACUGCUCAGUGACUGGUUGGGGCAGUCCCAGCGAGCAAGACCGCUUGCCCAACCCGAGAAUACUACAGAAGUUGGCUGUCCCCAUCAUCGACACACCGAGGUGCAACCGACUCUACAGCAAAGACACAGACUCAGAAUUCCAGCCCCAAACCAUCAAGGAUGACAUGCUGUGUGCUGGCUUCGCCGAGGGCAAGAAGGAUGCCUGCAAGGGAGACUCGGGGGGCCCUUUGGUGUGCCUCGUAGACCACUUGUGGAUACAGGCAGGAGUGAUCAGCUGGGGUGAAGGCUGUGCCCGUCGGAACCGUCCUGGCGUCUACAUCCGGGUCACUGCCCACUACGACUGGAUCCACCGCAUCAUCCCGGAGCUGCAGUUCCAAGCUGUAGGCACCAGAGGGAGCCAGAAGCGAGGCCCGCAGGGCCGCCAGCCGCGAGGGGACAGCGCGGCGCAGGGGCUGGGCGCGCACGCGGGCCUCGUGGGCCUCGUCGCCCUACUUGGAGCGCUCUGA